AUGUCAGGUACGGAUCGAGGACAUUCUCGCAAUCGCAGCAGUGGGAACGUCUUUUCCAUACUGUCCAGUCCUUCUCCAAGAGGAACACCGGUAAUGACGCCUCAAUUGCAGCCUCAGAACAGGGCUGGUGUUUCUUAUUCUUCGGUGGUGAAUACUAAGCCCACAUACUUGGCAUCCAAAGACCAUUUCUUGCCAGUGCCAAUGGAGAUUUACUUUCCUCCGAAGAUUAGCAAGAACAAUACCAGCAGUCCGGAAAUCUUGGUUUAUUCAAGAAACGGAUAUGUUCCUAUCGCGGAGCCAAUUGUUCAGCCCAAAUCGCCUGCGUCCGUUCCCUCGUCUGCCUCGGACUUCUCUUUGGACGGCACGGGGAAGAGCUUGGGAUUGAGCUCUCCUAACCAUAAUGCGGGGGUUUCAACGCCUCCUUCUUCGAGGGCUGAGUUACCUAUAAAGAAAGAACUUGUUGAGGAGAAGCAAUUGCCAGCUUCGCCGCCGGCAUCCCGCGUAGUCCGCAAUACGGUUUACGAUAAGAGGAACUCGAACUUGGCUGCGUAUCUGGCUUCCGAGUCUGCCAGGGAGCAAAGUGAGGAGGAGAACGACGAAAACGUUCCUAAACCGGCUCAGCCUGUUUUGCCGCAAACAUUGGAAUCCAAGAAGGUUGAUCCAGACCAGGCUCCAACUAAGUCUCUCACCACGCCAAAAAGACGGUCCAUCAUCUCUCCAAAGAGGUUAGCUUUUGUGUCGCCUGCCAGAUUUGUCUCAAACUCUUCUGUUACAACAGAACAAGACUUGUCAAGGCUGUACUCCACUUACAGACACAGAGAAAGCCCAGGUAAGGAGGAAGAGGCCAAAUACAUGUCCAACCGGUUUCAAAUCCCACACUCGCCUGGCCAGAACUUUGAUCGAAUGGUAAGCUAUGAAGUUGGUGAUGAUAGGAACGGAAGGAGCCCUCUGGCUGAUUACAAUCGCAAUACCAUGCCCUCGAAGCCCAUGCAAUAUAAGAGUGCCCUCAGUCCAGACCGCUACCAUUCAGGGUUACCUCUUAACCAUUAG